CAGUGACCUUUGGAGUAGUGGAUGGGGAAGGGGAUAGGUACAAGAUCGCUAUGCUCUCAACACCUUCAAAGUUCUAUCCAUUUGGGCCCUACACUAAACUCCACUUUUCCCUUUUAUAUUAUAUGUUCUUUUUCCUUCUAAUUUUUAUUCUGGUUUUUUGGGUUACAGAUCCUGUGUGAAUACUAAACUGAAUGCAACCCUGAUUUCUGGUGAAUUUAUUUUAUCAUACUUUCGUGUCUUUUGCUCCUGAGUAGGCAGUUUUGGUCAGAUUACUUCAUAUGUUGCUUUUCUUUGUGGCUUAGAUCUUGGCAUUAAGUUUGAGUAGGUCAGUUGAUUUUGGAUUCUUGGUGUUUUCUCUGGUUCUUUUGGUUUUUUUCCUCAAAAAUUUGAUUUCUGAGUUGGGUUUUUGGUUCUCAAAAGUUUUACAGUUACAUGUGUUCUUGGUGUGGGGUUUCAAAUUUCAGCCAAAGGAUUUGCAUUUUUGAGGUGGGUUAAAUUUGGUUACUUGUAAAUUUUUUUCCCUUCACAUAAUCAAUUUUGUUUUAGGGAGUUUGCUGGGUUGAGCUAAAAACUCUGUUUAUGAAAUGGGAUGAUUUGAGGUAAUCCUGAAAUUAUAUUGUCUUUGAAUUCCAUUGGAUGAGGGAGGACUGGAUAUCUUAAUUUGUGUUAGUGGAGUUGGUUGGAAAGAGUUUGAAGAUCCCAUUCUACAGUGAGUUUGGUGUAGUAUUUUCUUUCUAGAGGUGGGUAUAGGUGUGGAAAGGAAAGAUGAAAAAAGGAAAAGAUGAGGGAAAGGUGAUGAGUCCAUUGUUCCCUAGGCUUCAUGUUAAUGAUGCAGAGAAAGGAGGGCCAAGGGCACCUCCAAGGAACAAGAUGGCUCUCUAUGAACAACUUUCUGUUCCGAAGGUUCCUUCAAGAUCAACAUUCAUACCUCUUCUACCCAAUAACAGCGGCAGCUUGGUGCCUUCAGCCCCAUCCACCCAGGGUAGUGGGCAUGAGAGAAAUGUGGUUACUCCAUUUUGCUACACCCCUACAAGUGCUCAUUUGGAUGAGAAUCAUCAUUUUCAUUCUUCAAGUGGAGUAAAUAUGAGCUUUGAGUUGACUAAUCUUGAACAGAAAUCUGGGACAUUUUAUCAUAUUCCAAAUGUCACAGGGCAGUUACCAUUACAAGCCAAUUGCAGUUAUUCUCAACCACAUUCACUCUCCAAACUGAAAAAUCACAGAGGUGAGGAUGAUUCUGAAGUUCCAACCUUUUGCCAAUCAGGUAUAAUUCCAGAUUAUUAUAAUGCUCCUCAGAAUAUCAAUAAGGAAAGAGCCACUUGCUUAGACCUAAACUCUUCAGUGCAACUUGAAUCUGCUUGUGGAAAGCAUCAGAGAAACCUAAAUGUGUCUCAUUCUAGAGAGAGUAUUUCAGCAACCGCAUCUUCAGGUUUGUUAACUAGAGAUGAGAUUUUUGAACCAUCGAAGCGAGUACGGACAUCUUUAACCAAAGAAAAUAAGAGGAAUGUGGUGGUCGGUACAAACAGAUUGGAGGAUAUUCAUGAUUCGCUUCAUCAAGGAUCUAUGACUCUUCCAGAAAAUGCUGAUUUGCCAAAUCCUUCCAAGGCUGUAGGAGGUGGAUACGUUUCCACAUCUCCCAAACCAUCACUUUUAGAUGAUCAUAGAAGAAGUGGUGGGCUUGAACAUGAACUUGAAGAACAAAAAGAAUCUGAGUCUUUACAAAUGGGAAGCAUUGACAAGAAUUGUCAUGUCUCUAAUGCCAACAUGGUGGGAUCUAUGUUGGGUUUUGACAUUUCCCCUGAUGAUGUUGUAGGAAUUAUUGGUCACAAACAUUUCUGGAAAACAAGGAAUGCAAUUGUCAAUCAACAAAGAGUAUUUGCAGUUCAAGUAUUCGAGUUGCAUAGACUAAUAAAGGUGCAAAGAUUAAUUGCUGGAUCGCCAGAAGGGCAGCUUGAUAAUAACCUUUAUCUAGCUGAACCUGCAUCUCCUACAAAGAAAUUGCCUUCAGAAUCCCCCACAAAGAAAUUGCCUUCAGAAAGUGUUCAACAACUACCAUCCCAGAUUGUUGAUCCAAAAAAUGGUUCUCAGAAGCAAGACUCUAACAAUGAAGGUGCAGUCAAGGAUGCAGUUGGGAACCCUCCUUUUGCUUCUCCAGUGGAUAUCAACAAAAUCUAUGCUGCUCAACAAACAAAUCAGAGGCCUCUUGAAAAUCAGCCACCAGUAUCUAUGGCUACUGAUACACAACCAACUUCGUGGUGUUUCCACCCAUCACAGGGAAAUCAGUGGUUAGUUCCAGUGAUGUCUCCAUCAGAAGGACUUAUUUACAAGCCCUAUGCAGGUCAAUGCUCUCCAACUCCAAGGUUAAUGUCUCCCUUUUAUGGCAACUAUAGGCCAGUAAACUUAACUGUAAUGGGGGGAGACUUUUUUAACACAACCUAUGGUAUUCCAAUCUCUCUUCAACAAGGAAUUGAGAUUGUUCCCAGUAAUCCUUUUCUGGGUCAGACCUACUUUCCACCAUAUGGCAAGCCACUUGUGAACCCAUCUACUUCUGGUUCUGCUGUUGAACAGAUGAACCUAUCUGUUGGAGAUCAAUCAAGCAGGCCGAACAAUAAUGUAUCAGUAGGGGAUAUUAAUGCCACUGUACAGUCUGUGCAUUAUCAAAGCUUAGGUAACAUGCCAAGCCAAAAGAGUGGAGGGAUCUUAGGUUGUUUUGGGAAGUUUCAGGCCUCCAAAAGUAGUGAGUUACAGGUUAGUACAGCCAGUACUCCCUCAAAGAGAGCACAAGCAGAUGCACUUCCUCUUUUUCCUGUGGCACCAAAAAUUCAGGAAUCUGAUCAACUUGACCAAAUUCAUGGAAAUGAGAAGCAAACACGAGCAAUCAAAGUAGUACCACACAAGCAUAAAUCAGCUAGUGAAUCAGCAGCCCGGAUUUUUCGCUCUAUACAAGAAGAAAGAAAUCAGAGAGGUACUCAAGGUGACAACCACUAAAACAUGACCAGUAUUGUGGACGAGCAAUGCAGAAGGCACAUGUAAGUUAGUCUAACUUGUCUAUGGAUAUUGAGGAGAAUAGCAAAGGGUGAAAAGAGGGAUAGAAGUCGUGUGUUUUCUAGUCAUUGUCCUUUUCGUUCGUAACUGUGCCUCUGCCCUCUUUUUUCAAAAUAAAAGCUGAAAGGAAAGAACAUGCGACAACUAAAAUGCUGUAAAUAUGCUGAAAUGCUUGUGCAACCUUCCAAUAUGCUGCUCAAUGAGGUUCACUGGACCACAAGACCUUGUGGCAGUACUAUGUAAAAAGAAUUUUGAUUGUACAUUUUGUUGUAGCAUAAGUAUGAAUAAUUGUACAGAUUCCCCCUCUAGCAAACAUUUCAGAUGUUAACAAACCCGACAAAGGAAAUUUUCACCAUGUAAAAUGUAAAUGAGAAGUUGUUUUCACCGUUCAUUCA